AGUGUCACCGCCACGUUCGGACACGACUUCUCUGCGGAUCGCAUUAGCGUCGAAACCUCAAAAUUCAGGUCUUGGGAGCGAGUGAACCUCAGCUUAAACAUGGGUAGUGAUAACAUGCCCGGCAGCGUGAACAUCGCUCAGCCUCGCUCGCAUUGCACAGGCGGCAGGUCUUUGCACCGUCGCACCAACAUCAACGACCUUCCGUGCGACAUUCUCAUCUUCAUUCUGUGCGACGUAUUCCAAGAGACGCCGCGUUUCCUGUGUCCGCAGGGCGCUUCAGACUGGGACGACAUGAAGCCUGGGCCCCGAGCUCCUUAUGAUGACCGGAGCCCAGAGCGUGCCUCUGCCGAGUAUCUCGCUUCCGUCUGUCCUUUGUGGCGGGAAGCCAUGUCCAACAUCUCUACCUUCUGGACACAAAUCAUCAUCUGGACCGGCCGUGACUCUACCCCCCUCUCAAGGAUUUACCAAUACCUGACCUGGUCGCGGAACCAGCUCCUCGACAUUUUCAUUAUGCGAAGGUUCGACCCGUCUGUGGACGAUCGUAUGGAGAAGGCGCAGGUCCAAGCCAUCGUCGGCUUACUCUUACCUCAUGUUGGCCGUUGGAGGACUCUUUGUGCACGAGUCCUUCACGCCAGCUCGCUCCCAAUCCCCCGCAUCGACCUCGUAGGACACGCGGGAAACCUAGUCAAGCUCCAUCUCGAUUUUCUUGUCGAUGACGCCGUUGCAAAUACCACGGCAGCCUCUCUCAUAGCUUACCACUUCGAUACCCCUGUGCUGGAGAGCCUCGCUAUGGGUGGUUCACCGAUGCCACCCACCCUUCAGGCUGCGCGAACUGAUUUUGACAACCUCCAACUCCACUCUUCCGGGUACGCCGGCCCAGCCUUUCUGCCGCGGGGUUGGGACGUCGAAAUCAGCUUCAUCGACAUGUGUGGCGACGUCAUCGAGGCAUACACCCGUCUCCUUGAUUAUCCUUAUGUUGAGUCCGUGGCGUACUCGCGCUGCACGUUUCCCCCUCGCAACAUCUCCGAGCUGGGACCCGUAGGCGCCUCGUACAUCGUCUCCCUCGACGAGAUCGCGGACCCGACAGCACUCUUCUACUUCCUCACUACCGUGGCGGGCAGCGUAUCCUGCACCCAAGCGUAUAUCGACGACUGUGACGGCCUUCAGGCGAACGUACUCCGCCAGCUCGGUGCUCCGGUGCCAACCGAACACGAGGACGAAGGAUGGCUGUGCCCAUACCUGAAAGAGCUCCACAUCAACGGAUGUAAACACUUCAGCAGCGCGGAUCUGCGCGCGAUGGUGGAAGCGCGCUACAGAGCGCACGAGGAAACGGGCUUUGCGGAGGAGCACGACGACGAGUACGUGGUGAGGUCGGUGUUGGAACUCUAUGUGUAUGACUGCUGCGAACUUGCUCCGGAGGACCGGGAAUGGUUCAGUAAGCAUGUGGAGAUUGUUCAUUGGGAUGGUUGGAUGGGCGAGACAUGAACGACAGUCGUCGGGACUUUCACGGAGCCAUAAUCCAUACAUGCUGUUCAGCAUUCUUCCAAGGAGCUGAGGGACAGAUAGCGUGUAGUCGUAUACCGUAGAAGGCUCAGAGUUUGCAGUUGAUCCCGUACAUACGACCAUCUCUGACAUUCUAAAGGGAACUACUUGACGAACCCAAUACCAUUCAUACGUACACUUAGUCUGGCUAUAAAUACCUCCCGCUCUC